AUGGGUCGUAUGCACAAUCCCGGAAAAGGUAUUUCACAGAGUGCUCUUCCUUACAGGAGAACAGUACCAGUUUGGCUGAAGGCUACAUCUGCCGAUGUUGAAGAACAGAUAUACAAACUGGCCAAGAAAGGCCUGACACCAUCACAGAUUGGUGUGAUCUUGCGUGAUUCUCAUGGCGUCGCCCAAGUCCGCUUUGUCUCAGGAAAUAAAAUUCUGCGUAUCCUGAAGAAGAAAGGACUGGCUGCUGACCUACCAGAAGAUCUGUACAGUUUGAUCAAGAAAGCUGUCAGUAUUCGCAAGCAUCUGGAGAGAAGCCGCAAGGACAGAGAUGCUAAAUAUCGGCUAAUCUUGGUAGAAUCAAGGAUUCACAGACUUGCGCGAUACUUCAAGACAAAGAAAGUGCUUGCUCCAACAUGGAAAUAUGAGUCUUCAACUGCAUCUGCUCUUGUUGCCUAA